AUGAGCCCCGCAGACGACGGGUCUGAUCAUCUUCCAUCAGACGUUGUCCACGCACUAAUGUAUAUACUUUGGGAGGACCCCACCGCUCAGUCGCUUGUUGACGAAUGGGGCAACCAGCAAGUUUCGCCCAUCAAAUCGCAAGUUGAUCACGAAAUAUUCUCUAGUUUAUUGGACCGCGAGCCCGUCGAACCACGGCUAUGGAAAACCAUAACAUGCCCUGUUCUCAUCCUACAUGGAGAGAAAGACGUGCCAUACCCACCCGAAGUUGCCCAUGAUCACUACGCGGCACUACCGAAUGCAGCGAGAGCUUCAUAUAAUCCCGGAUGCACCUCACUUCUUAUCGUGGACGCAUCCAGCCAUUGUCAAUGA